GUUUACAGUUUUUUUUUUUUUUCAGCCUCUAGGCAGCCACCAUUUUGGGAGUCAAAACACCCAACAAACAGCGGUGCACACCUCCACGCUUCUCUCGUGGCCUUACUAUGGUUCACACAUGUGUGGUGGCAGGCUGUAGGAACAGAAGGACGCCAGGCACCACCUUAUCUUUCUACCGUUUCCCCCGGGACCCCGAGAGAAAGCAGCGCUGGAUAGCUGCUGUGAACCGAGAGGGCUGGGUGCCAAACGACGGCAGUCGGCUGUGUAGUACUCACUUCCUCUCAGGUAAACAGGUGAAGAAUCCACGUUCGCCAGAUUAUGUUCCUUCUGUGUUCACAUCAGAUCCCUUAUCCCCAGAGAUGAAGGAGCAAGGUACCUUGGAGAUCCCGGACAAGCAAGAAGCCCGCGUGGAGGCGGCUAACGCCUUGUUGUUUCUGCAGGGCCAGGGAAGGUCUGUGGUGGCGGAGUGGGGCCAGGAAGAGCAUCCUGAGGAGAGGGAGCAGAAGGCCGCUGUGGAGGAAAGUGCGUCUUCUUCCCUCAGCACUGAUGAAGACGAUGACGAUGAAUCUAUGAGUGACAGCAAGAAAGGAAAGUUUGCUCAUACGUGUGAUGCAGCAGGUAACUUUGACGACGUCCUGAAAGCCCUGAAAAAGGAGAACCAGACCCUCAGGGAGUCUGUGGACAAAAUGUCCCUCUCUGAGAACUCCUUGAGGAACGAUGCAGAGAAAGUCAAGUUUUACACUGGCCUGCCCAACUACUUUGUCCUGGAGACGGUAAUGUGGCUGCUGGCACCUCACAUGAACGGGAUGAAAACCGCGAAGCUCUCCAAGUUCCAGCAGCUGCUGCUGACACUGAUGCGACUCCGCCUGGAUCUACGCAACCAGGACCUGGCUUACCGCUUCGGUGUUAAAGUCGGCACAGUAACCAGAACAGUGCACCAGAUGGUCAACAUCAUGUCCUCCACUCUGGUGCCGACGGCUGUUUUCUGGCCCUCUAGAGCCGAGCUCCGGAAAAACCUGCCGGCAGCUCUGCGCACCUCCCACCCCGACUGCGCUGUCAUCAUAGACUGUUUCAUAGUGCCUUUUGAGGAGCCGGUUUCCCGGGGCAACCAGCAGCAGCAGCAGAGGGUGGUGCCAAGCUCUCAAGGGGUAGGGACAAGUUCUAACGUGUUAAAGUAUCUGAUUGGUGUGGCUCCACAAGGCGUUGUCACCUUCGUCUCUAGGGGUGUGCUGGGAAACGUCAGUGACAAGAGCCUGGCUGAGGGCUGUGGAUUUCUCUGCAAGCUUCUCCCAGGCGAUGUCGUAUUGGCGAGUCGCAGUCUCAACAUUGCCGAUUCUGUGGCCGCCCGAGGAGCCCUGUUUACAAUUGCUGGCAGCUACCAAGGGGAGGCGCACGGGAGCUCGGCGGGCUCGCCCCUGGCUAAUACUUCCUCUGAGACAGUGAGUGUGCAGAGGCAUGUGGAGAGGGUGAUCUCCAUGGUGAAGCAGAGGUACGCCAUGCUCACAGGCCCCGUCGAGAGCCCCUUCACCACGGUCUCUGAGCGCACGUCGAACCUUUCAACCUUUGAUAAGAUUGUGCAAGUUGCUUGUGCCUUAAACAACCUGUGCAUCUCUGCUGCUCCACUAGAGUGAUUCAUACAGAAAUGCCUAGUGCUCCUUAAAGUUGUCGUCCGUAAGAUUUGAGUUAGGUUGUUCCUAGCAGCAGCUUUGGCGCUAAGAUGUAAUUGCAGGCAGGUGUCGACUUGUGUGUCGUUGGUAGAUUGGCAGCUCUAACCUGCGUGAUGCCUUCACAUGCUCCAGUCCACACCGAUAGCAGUUUAGUCUACGACGAGCUAAGAGCUAAUUCAUCCAUAAAGACACGGGCCGUGUGGGGUAGAUGAUAGAGCUGGGGAGGCAGUGGCUAGGUAACAUGCCUAACUGUGCUAACACCGUCAACGGUGCUAACACCGUCAACAGUGCUAACGCAGCCAGCGGGAAUGCUCACCAAGGCUAUUGGAGAGGCGCGAUGUUUUCCACAGUGAGGCCGUCUUGUCUGCAUUAGCACUGUUGCUUGUGUUAGCACGAUUAGCCACGUAGCAAUAGCAUUCAGUCUAACCAAUGUGACACAAACACCCUACUAGCCACUGAGGCAGAAUGUGAUAUAACCUUAGCUCAUGAAGUGGAGGCUGAGGAAGAGCGGCCAGCACCGCUUUCCCCUUAUUCGCCUCGCCCAAGGAGGAAAGUGCCGACUGUCCCCUCUGACCCGAGUGCAGUGCCUCACUUUGCUAAAAUAUUUGCUGGCACAGCAUUGCUAACAGUGAUAACCUCUAAACCAACCUGAGCAUCAGAAUGUGCAGUAAAGAAAAACUCCCGAGGCCAUACCAAAUUUACGGGGUUGUUGGUGGUGGUGGUGCUGCUGCUGCUGCUUUCUCCAGAAGGUAUGGCACGAGCCGGCUCGAAGCCCAGGAUAGGGAGUGAGCAGGUUCCGGGAUGGCAAGUGUUGGUCCUAUCCCCGAAGCUCUCUCCGGAUUAGUGGCUUUACCGGCUAUCAUACCCUGAAUUUUUGACCUGAAAAGCGACUCCGAGAGAGGGUAGUUCAAUGCAGGGAGUACAAAUUGGGCAUCAGGUGUCUGUGUCCCACCUGAGCUGCAUACAGACCAGCUGCAGUCGAUGGAAGAGGUUGACAUGUCAUCUCAGCCAGCAUCAGCUCGGUCCUUUUGUGGGCGAGGGAGUUUCUUUUUAUUUUUAUUUUUUUUAUUUGGACUCGAAGUUGAACGGUCUUCAUUCUCUGUCUGUUGGUCGGCCAUUCUGAGUUAGCAAUGAAAUGAAGUGACCGGCUAACAUACAGUUUCUUUGCAUCUUUCCGCGUCUGAAGUUUCAAAUUUCCGAGUACAAUAAAACGCAGCAUCACCGGCACUGCCAAGCUCCACCUGGGCAAGGACAGACCAACCGCUGCUGACCGAUGUAAAAAGUGCCACUAACGGCGCUGAAUUUGAAUUUAGGGCGGGAAAGUUGCCACAGAUACAAUACAAGCACUUUCAUCAAUGGGUCAUAUGCUCAAUCACCAUUGUUUUAACUCACUUUUUGAUAGCCUACUUUCUAGACUAACUAGGUGAAAAUCUUACGGACAAUAACUUUUAAUGCUGGUCACUUAAGUUCCCUUUACUGCUUUGGACCUUGUUCUCCCACUACAUCCCAGUGUCAACACUUAUGAGUCUAGAAAAGUGAUUUCAUGCCUGUAGGGCUGCAACUAAUGAUUAUUUUCAUUGUCAAUUAAUCCAUCGACUAUUUUCUCGAUUAGUAGAUCAGUUGUUUGGUCUAUAAAAUGUCAGAAAAUGGUAAAACAUGUUUGAUCAGUGUUUUCCAAAGCCCAAGAUGA